AUGCCUCCCCCUCUCUCCUAUCCUGGCCUCAAGUGUGUUUUGGAGUUUUUGGACCCUGCUAGACGAAUCCAUAUCACCGCCCGCAACGCUACCCUCCAACGUAUCGAUAAUGAGAUUCCAUACCGUAUGAAUACACUCGGGAUAUGUGCUAUCGAAAUAUCUCAAAAUGAUUUUGUAGUACAUGUCCCACAUCAUCUUUCGAUUUUGUUUAAAAAUAAUGUGACGAGAAAAGAUAUGCUUAGAGAGGUACCAGAGCAAAGAGUGAGAUGGGAAGAGGAGGAGAGUGCGGUGAUGCACAAGUUGUAUAAUAACUAUUUGCGGGCUAAUCUACUUGUGAACCAUCUUGUCUUUAGUUCAACCGACUCUCAUAUUCCUCUCAACCCAAAUCUCACUUUCACUAUCAACAAAUUAGGUGUUUAUCACUGCAAUUAUCUUCGUUUUCUGCCUAACAUCAAUCCAAGCAGCUUCCCAUUGGAAUACUUGAAAAUCGUGAGAACUGGAGACUCGGAUGUUCUUCUAGAUCAUCCUAUAAUCCAUUCUGCAAAAAUUCUGGAAAUUGAUUCAUCUACAGGACUUCCGGAUAUUCAUUUGCUUCGGAACAAAAAUGUGUUCGUUGAAUAUCAUCACCUUCAAACUGCCGACGUGUUGAGAAUUAUCAGGCAUUGGAUGGCAAAUGGGAAGGAGAUUGGGACAAAGUUCUUGUUUACUUACUUCGAACCAAUGUUUAUCCGCCUGGUAACAUCAGCAGUGAGCAGAGAGUUCCAUAGGGUUUUAGAGAGAGCAGACAAUCAAAUCAACCCUGAGUUUUCACGAUUCGAAAUUCCACUCACUGCAACCUCGAAACUACUUUUCUAUGGCAUGGAAAGGGUUCCUGUGAACCGAUUUAUCAACCCAGUGCAACUUGUAUUGAGUGUUGUCCCAAGAGCUCAUUAA